UGGACAGGUAAUAUAAAUAAUAUUUUGCAUAGAGUUUUUUGUGUUAUAUUUAGGUAUAUAAUAUUGCCCUAAAUUUAGGUAGAAAUUGUAAGACGCGGCAACCUUUUAUUUAUACACGUGCCGCCACUGCCGCCUCGCCUGUCCGCGCCUCACCGUGUGCGUCGGCUCGAUGUUCGAUUAUUUUAUUUUUGACGGGUAGGUUUGUUAAGUCGGUACGUCGUGUACAGUUAAAAGACAUUUUCCUAAGUUUUGGCUGUGUAAUUUCUAAAUUUAUUGUCAGUAUAGUGAAUAGUGAGUGUUAAAAUCUUGUUUGCACGAUUGUUUACGACAGGAAAAUUGAAUUAAAACAUUUCCGUUUGGUUUGCCUGAUGCUCGGUCUGAUGUAUGACGAUGAUGAUAUGUUGCUUAUGUUAUAUUGGCUUUAUCGUAGAAGACGAAAUAGAAAUAGGACAUAUAGCGUUGAAUCUCAAGAGAGCGCUGAAUCUCAAGAGAGCGCUGAAUCUCAGGACAGCGUCGAUUCUCAAGACGAUCCCGACCUAGGUAAUGUGAACAACAUACGAACAGAUGCGAAAGAAAGCGACUGCAUCGGAAACCGCUCGGCAAACCCGACACGCCUAUUGAGUGGUGUAAAUACACCAGUCGUUUAGUCCGGAAGCCCUUGCUGUGUCGUAUUCAUUUGCUGAAGCUCGCUGGUGUGACAUAGUGCGUGGUUAUAUGUUCGUUUUUAAAAACGCGUGUAGGAUUUUUGUUGAACUUUCGAACUGUUAUUUCUAAGUUUUGGUAAUUUGUAUAUUUAAAAUGGGAUACAAAUGUGUUUAUUUAUACUGUUCUACAAAAACCGGAGGAGGAAAAUCACUUUUUAGGUUCCCAGAGGAUAAGUUAAGAGCAAAGGCCUGGCUUAAGGCUGCUGGAAGAGAAGAUCUUCAGGAAAAAAAUUUAAAAAAUUAUAAAUUGUGCGAAGAUCACUUUGAAACCAAAUUUAUUUCGGUCUCGUCAUCUGGUUUUAAACGAUUGUAUGAUACUGCUGUGCCGACAAAAUUUCUCAAACCAUCGUCAUCAAGAAAUGAGGAUAUUUUUGAAGAGCCCCCUGAAAAGAUUACAGUUUUGUCAGAUAUACCUCUGGAUGUCCUUCAACGACCUUUCGGGGUUACGCCCGAUAAAGAAUAUGUUACCAAUAUCUCCGAGGAAAUGGUAACUAGUGAAUUAAGCAUUGAUACUGGAUCCACUUGUCUUGCUGCAUCUCCUUUGAUAUCGCCGAUGUCUACUCAAACGCCGUCGACUUUGACAUCUAACACUCCUCGGAAAAGUAAAUUAAAAUCUGAUCCGAUUGCAGAUGCACCAGAAUUAGUCAAUGUGGCGGAAAUAAAAGCAGAAAUAGACGAUCCAGAUUUAGUGGAUCCUGCACAGUUUACUGAUGAUCCAUCAGUUCAUAUUAAAGUAGAAGUACCGGAUGAGCUGUAUGAACCUAAACAUAUACCUGAUAUUGAUACUGAAGAAUCCAAAAUUGACCCAUCAUGCCUUAAUGAGGUGCUGUCACUGGUACCUUAUUCAGAAACGUCUUCGUCCGAUUCGGAUAUUGUGCUUCCUCCGAUUAUGCCAGAAAAAAGUAAAAUUUGCAGAAAGCGGCCUCAGAGUGAUAAAUCGGAUUGGUUGGCGGUAAAAAACAAAAUUCGACGUGAAAAAGGCCAAUCUUACCUUGGUCGCAUAAAACUCACAGAUAAUAAUAAGUGGAGUUAUGAGAAGCCCAAAGAGCCUCGAAAAAUGAAAGAAAGAUGUACGUGCCAGAAAAAAGAAAAGGGUGUAAUGAAAUGUGCAACAAUAUCAGAAAAUGACAGGAAAAAACUAUUCGAUCACUUCUGGGCACAGCUAACCUGGGAUGAAAAGAGAGUGUAUAUCAACAAUACAGUAAUUCUUGUACCAACCCAACGACAUCGGCAUAGAAAAAUCGAAAACCAAUCUAGAAGAUCCCAAUCUCUGAGUUACCACUUAAGAGUUGAGGAUGAUAAUGUGCGGAAAACUGAUACCGCAUUACCUAAAAAAAGACCAGCUUCUGAGCAACUCAGUGAGGAAAAUUGCCUAUCGAAAAAAUUAAAAACGACCAUCAAGAAAGAAGAUUCAACCAUCGAGGAUUCGACCAUUGAGGAUGAAGCAUAUGUGUUGGCUCAAUCUUGGGCCAGAAAAUAUCGAGAAUUACGACCUGGUCAGCAGUUGCUUGCGAAGAAAGCCAUAGAGGACAUUUUAUCUACAGCAAAAUGUGACGCACUACUUGAGAAUUCAGUUAUUAUUAACGGAGGUUUAAGUUUACCUUGUGCGGGAACAUCUACAAAUUUGUAGGCUUAAGUAGUGAUAUUUUUUCGGUAUUAAGUAUAUUAAGACAGCAUAAUACAGAGUACGUUUAAGUCUGUCUAAUAAGAGACAAAAAGUUCAACAGAAGGAAAAGCUCAACAGAAGACAGCCAAAAGAUGACAGAAAAUGUAAACUAUGUGUGUUUUGUUUUAAAUGAUUUUGAUUUAUAGUAUAACCACAAAAAGUAUAUAAAUACUGCUCAAAGAGAUAAUACGAUGAUAAUUUUCUGGUGUAUUACAUUAUUUACAGUUUCGGUUGUCUGUAAUUUUAAUUCAAACGUAAUUACAUAUUUGUCAGUAGUUUUUCAUAUUUUUGCUCAAAUUUUUGGAUGUUUUCUCUUGAAACCAUCCUUUUUCUUGUUGAACCGUUGAACAAACUUCAUACUUUUUGAAAGACAUUUUCUUAAUAUUUUGUUUUAAUAAAUUCUAAGGUUUAGUGAUUUAAACUGUGAUGUUAACUUUAAACAAAUAGAUGUUUAACCGAUAUUGUUCGUGUAAAAUGACAACAACUUCUGAAACCCAAAUUGAUGCAUUGUUAAACAGGAUUUAGACUACAAUAUUAAGAGAAAUGAAAUGUAAUAUUCAGCUUUGAUCAAUAAUAUUAAAAAUUAUACUAAUACCUAUAGUCCUUACUCUCUGAUGUAUAUAUGUAUAUAUUUUUAAUUGUUAUAAUAGGGUCCUUAGUUUCUUAAUUAUGUUCUGAAAAAGUUGUUCUUCCAAUAAUAUCUAUAGUCUUAAUAUCUAAUAUCUUAUUAAGGUAUGUUGUCAAAUUAAUACAUAUUCUCUCUGGAAAGAUUAUUCAAAUGUUCUGGAUUCAAACCUUAUUUUCAUAUUAUAUGAAUUCUAUUUUUUUAUUCAUAUACUUACCAUUUAUAAGCAUAUUUGAUGUUAACAGUUUAAUUUCGUUAUGUGUGAAAGUUUAUAUUUAUGUUUUUACAGAUGUAAAAUGUUCUCUACACUAGAAAACUACUUAUAUUUUUUAUUAAAUUCUAUAAAUAAUUUCUGUUUUU